CUUUUCCUGCAUACGGUGCAUUUCGGGUUCUUCCCCUUAAUUGUGGUGAAGUUUGAGGACAUGAAGCAAUCUAGUUCAUAAAAAAAGGAUAGCUCUGUAGCCCUUUUGUCAUAGCAGUUUGGGUGCAAGCCUUGCAGUCAUUCUGAUUUACAAGUGAUCAUUGUUAGCGCUUCAGACCAGAUCGGGUGAAACAUGCCAUCCUGCUUCAAACUCAGCUCAGCACUGUUGCUGGCAGCGAUGUGUUUUCUCAUCACAGAAGUUGUUUCCGCAGAGCAAAUGACCACCUGUGACUCGGACAGAUUUGUUGUCCAUCGCCUAAACUGCGAUUAUGGAGUCAUCAAUGUGCAGCAGGCUUUAUACGGUCGUUCAAGCUCACUGGUGUGCGCUGAUGGCAGACCCCCACAGCAGCUGUCGAAUACGCAGUGCGAAAGGCAAGGCACCACGGACGAACUCAGCUCAAGGUGCAAUGGCAAAAAAACAUGCGUCGUGAACACGGAUGCUUUCCGCAAUCCUGAUCCCUGUUUUGGCACCUUUAAAUAUUUGCAGACCAAUUUCACCUGCUUGCCUGCAAUUACCGUGGUGGCAUGUGAGGAGUCUUUGGCACGUUUGUUUUGCGAUGUAGGACAAGUUAUUUCUGUCUACGGUGCUGACUAUGGACGCCGCGACCAGACCACGUGCAUAUACAAAAGGCCUGCGAGUCAGAUACAAAAUGUCGACUGCCUGCGCCCAACUGAGCUUGUCGCUAGCAGGUGCAAUGGGAAAAACAGCUGUACAGUUGCAGCCAGGAACGAUGUGUUUGGGGAUCCCUGUGGCGGCACAUACAAGUACUUGGAGGUUGCUUACACAUGUGUCUACAUGGAUUCCUACCGCGUCAGACUUAGUGCUGUGCUGUUGUUGGCAGCAACCGGUUUGCUCCUUACAGCAGUUUCUGAUUCUGUGGACCGAGUGACCACCUGUGAUAAUAAUGUGUGGCAAGUCCAUCGCUUGUACUGCGAUCAUGGCGUAAUCAAUGUGACGGGCUCUUUGUAUGGUCGCUCAAACUCGCUGGUCUGCGCUGAGGGCAAAUCUCAUAAACGACUGGCCAACACAAAGUGCAGUCAGCAAGGCACCGUGGACAAAGUCAAGACGAGUUGCAAUGGCAAGAAAUCAUGUGAAUUGGGCCUGAGUGAUUUCCGUACUCCUGAUCCCUGUGUUGGCACCUUCAAAUAUUUGCAGACCAACUUUACCUGCCUGGAAGCAAUUACUGUGGUGACUUGUGAGGGGUCCGUGGCAUACUUGUAUUGUGGUAUGGGACAUGUUAUUACCGUCUAUGCUGCAGACUACGGCCGCCGCGACCAGACCACAUGCUCAUUCAGAAGGGCCCCUCGUGAGCUAAAAAACGUCACGUGCCUGCAGCCAACUCCCCUUGUUGCCCAAAUGUGCAAUGGGAGAUCCAGCUGUUCCGUCGCAGCCAGCAAUGCAGUGUUCAAAGACCCAUGUAAAGGCACCUACAAGUACUUGGAGAUUUCCUACGCCUGUAAAUCUCCUGAGGCUCAUCACCAGGCUCUCCUCUAAAUGACAAUUUGUUGUGGAUUCCAUUCAAGCAUCUGUCGUUGAACUCUUUGCAC